AUGACUUUAGCAACCUCCCAAGGCGACCUCAACAAUGUCUCAGUAAUGCGCGCCACUAAGCCACCUGUUCUUGAUCCAGAUUUCGCCUACCGGUCGCUUGCAAUUUCAGCCGAGGACGACGACCCCGAGGUUCGCAGACGGUAUCGACCUUAUCUGCUGCCGACAGAAUCUGAGUCGACAGACUGGGUCAACACGUUGGAGCUUGCCACGGUCACAAAGAUGGCAUAUGAGGAUUUGCAGAACACUUUGUCGCGGCCCAAAGUAUUGGUUUUGUACGGAAGUCUCCGCCAAAGAUCCUUCUCCAAAUUUCUGUCUUACGAGAUCUGCCGUAUACUCUUUCGGCUAGGCUGCGAUGUUCGAGUAUACGACCCACACGACCUACCAGUCAAGAACGAUAUUGAACACCUUCAUCCAAAGGUGCAAGAGUUACGCAACCUUAGUCGCUGGAGCGAUGGUCACUUCUGGAUUAGCCCCGAGCAGCACGGAAAUCUCACCGCCGUCUUCAAGAAUCAGAUCGACUGGAUACCAUUAAGCACGGGCUCCGUGCGCCCAACGCAGGGCCGCACCCUUGGCCUGGCCAUGGUCUCAGGAGGGUCACAGUCCUUCAACAGCGUCAACAGUCUACGCAUCCUUGGCCGCUGGAUGCGCAUGUUUGCUAUACCCAACCAGUCAUCAGUACCACAAGCAUACACCCUCUUUGAAGAAUCAGAAGACCAAGAUGGCAUGUUCCGCAUGAAACCUGGCUCAAAUCGCGAUCGUGUCGUCGAUUGUGCUGAGGAGUUCAUCAAGUACACUCUCAUAAUGCGUCAGCACUUUGGACUCUUUGCUGAUCGGUUUUCCGAACGCGUUGGAGUAGACUGUCCUUGA